UAAAUAGUGAGCGGAGACCCUCUGUGACUCUCGUGAGAAAUAUUUGAGAGAUAAUUAAUUUGUGAAACUUGUUAGGGAUUACGUGUGAAUAUUUUUUUGGCAAGUGAGUGAGAAUUAUAACGGGUGAAAUGAAAGAUAUGUAUUAAGGAACAUAUUUUUUUCAUAAGCUAUUGAGACGGAACACGUGCAUAAAAUACAGAUGGAAGCCUUGUUCUGAUAGUUGUCAGCCAUGCAGACGAAAAAUGUAAAUGUGGCUCAGCCAACAGCCAACAAAAAUGAGAAGAACGCCGUAGCAGCUGCAACAGUGAACGUAGCGAACCAGAAUGGCCAGGCAGUGAACGGCUCGGCAGUGAACGGCUCUGGAGUCAGUGUCGCUGCUCUGAACGGCCAAACGAGUGUCCCCAUCAUGAACGGUAUGAACGUGAACAACCACUCCCACACGAUGAACGGCACGGCAGCCAACGGCAUGGCUCUGAACGGCAGCCUCGUGAACGGCACGGGAAUGAACGGCCAGAUUUCGUCAUCAGUCGCCUCGCCCUAUCAGCACCUGCCGGUCACCUCGACUAAUCAGCAUCUCGUCGUCUCCUCGCCCUAUCAGCCGCACCCCGUGACGUCAUCGAAUCAGCUGAUCGUGUCGUCAUCGGUGACGUCACCUUACCAGCCCCCUCCGCUCCCCCCUCGAGUUGGAACUCACCGCUCCGCCUCCGACCUUCCGCAGGCCUCGCACGCGCCCUGCCCAGCAGGAGGAGUGCACAGCGUGUACAAGCCUGUACCGCCCCCGAAGCCGUACAGCAACUCAGCCCCAGCAUCCCACGCGGGGCCCGGCGCUGGCCUCAGCACGGAGGAGCAGCAACAGCAGGCAGGAACAUCGAGGGACCAGGUGGCGCCCGUUAUUGGGUCGGCGCUGCAGGCAGGUCCGCCCCCCCCUCUCUUGCCCCACAUUCUCGUCACGGAUCAGGGCCACUUCCACACGCACUCGACAAAGUUUCCUAUCGAGACCAAGGAGGGGCCCGCCAGCCUCUUUAGCCGCAGCCCGCCUCGCCUCUCCGCGGGGCGCUCGGCCACCCUCGGCCGCGGCGUGGGCGGGGUCUCUGACCUGACCGCCGCGAUGGGCGUGCCAGCGAAGGGCAGCACCUUGCCACGGUCCACUCGCAUGCCGUCUCUGCUCGACCUGAGGCCGCCCGCGCACUCAGCCGCCGCGCCUCACACACACACGCAUCACGCCCACGGGCCGCCUCACUCCCACGGGACCGCGACGAGUGUUGAGGACCGAGACCAGCUGUUGGGCGCAGACCAGCGGCAGCCACGCUUUCUGGACGGCAUUGACAACCCUGCUCUCGUAGACGACGCGGCGCACAUGCCUAGCUACCGCGCCACCGCCGGGGGAGGAGUCCAUGCCCCACCCACCGGCAUCCCCCCCGAGGGCACCCUGGCCGGGGUCCUGCCCUCCCACUCGCAGCCACGCCCAUACGAGUCGCCCUUCCUGUCCCACCACGCCUACCGCCAGCCGCCCACAUCCCAGCACCUGCCGCCCGCGUCUCAGCACCACCCGAACCAGCCGCAGCAUCACCCCGUCACGUCCGCGCAACAACAGCAACAGCAACAGCAGCAACAACAACAGCCUCUGACUCGGGAGACAUGGAUGAGGAGUUCGCAAGGACAGUUUGCUGGCAUCGUGGAGAUACACCCCCCGCAGGGCCACCUCCACAUGAACGGCCACCUCCCCCCCCACCACGCCUCCAACGGCCACCUCCCCAACGGUACCAUGAAUGGCCACGCCCACCCGACCCUCAAUGGCCACCACACCAACGGCCACUCCGCCCAGGCGAACGGCCACGCCCCCCACAUGAACGGCCACGCCCCUCACCACGAGCAGGCUAACAACCACUCCAACCAGAACAACCAGAAUAACCAGAACAACCGGAACGGCGGCCUGGACGACAACCAGGCGAACGACGCGCACGAGCGGCGGGACGACCCGCGCAAGGACGACAAGUGGGGGUCGCUCACGCGCGGCCUCGCCGCCUGGAAGUACCACAACCUCAAGGAGAAGAUCUCGCACAAGUUCUCCCGCGGCGACAAGCCCGAGGAGCGCGCCGGCGCCGCGCAGGCCGAGGGCAAGCACGGCUCGCACGCUCCCGCACCCGCCGGCGGCUCCAAGAACAACGCGGAGAACGGCGGCGGCGCCCAGCAGGAGCAGGGCGCCCUCCAGCCGGGGCCCGCGCGGGACAGCGGCCGCCUCCCCAAGCUCAACACGAGCUUCCGGAGGGCCAUCCACCAGAGCUCGCAGAAGACCAACCUGCAGGAGACGAUGGAGACGAGCCUGAGCACGGGCCCGGGGGGCGUGGCCCCGCAGACCAACGGCCUGCCCCCCCACUACCCCCGCAGCCCCGGCCAGUACCGCGCGCCGCAGCCGCUGGCCGCGCCGCCGCUGUCGCCCCCCACGUACCGCGCCGGCGCCCCCCACCCCCUGCCCUCGCCCCACAUGGGCCGCCAGCACACGCACGAGAUGCUCGGCCGGGGCCUCGCCAGCAGGAGGUCGGGCUCGUACCACCACCUGGCGCAGCUGCGUCAGGACGGCCCCAGCUGGCGGCCGCACCACUACUCGGUGGACAACCUUGCGGACGCGCAGGCGCUGCCCUCCGACCACACCUACUCCGGCCCCGCCGUGACCGGGGGGCGCGGCCAGCCGGCGGGCGGCGAGGGCGGCGGGUCCGGGGGCUCGGACUCGGGGCGCGGGACGGCCGGCAGCGGCGGCGAGGGGCGCGCCGCCCACGCCCUCGACACCAGCCUGGACUCCGCCGCGUCGCAGAGGCAGAACAACCAGGGACACUCCUCAGGAAACGACUCCGAGUGGGUGGACAUGACGGACGCGGAGCUGCAGCGCAUCAUGAAGAAGGGAGCCGAGAGCAAGUCCGGCGGCGGAGGACUCGUGCGGCGCGAGUCCCUGGCCGCCACGCCGCCCUUGCCGCCGCUCUCGCCCGAGGGCUCUCCUCAGGCGUCGCCGCAGAACUCCCCCGGCAGACACAGAAAAUACAACCUAUCCUACAGCGUCGGCGGCCUGAACAAGCCAGACCUCCUGGAGGCGGCGGGGCGCGACGGAGGAGGCCGUGCAGGAGGCGAAGGGCGUGCCGGGAACAGCUCCCAGGGCAGCUCUCAGUCCACGCCCCGAAGAGGAGGCACGACGCAGACGCAGCACUCGCACGCAGGGAACGCCGCGCCCUCGGGAGGAGGCGGAAGCAGCAAUCACAGGGCCACAGGAGGUCCUUCAGGAGGCUGGUCUCGCAGGAAGGAGGAGGAACGGCAACGCAGCGCCAACCACGAGCCGCUCACCAAGAACAAGAAUAGGAUUAAUUUAGGACCGAGUGGAGGGGACCUGGACGCUGGCGAGAUCACCUCCACCACCGACGCCCUCGACCUGGACUCCAUGCUCGACGGAGGGGAAGCCACGGAGGCCACCAGCGACGACGACGCCACCUCCGCCUAUGACCCCGACGUCCACCUCAUCAGGAAGCAGCUGGAGGGCCUCGAGGGAAUGUACUCAGAGGUCCUGAAGCUCUUGGGAGGAGGGCGACGCGGAGGAAGACAUCUCGGCGGAGGAGGAGGAGGAGUUUUACGCAUGGUGUAG